AUGGGGGACCCAGACGCUGUGGAGCUGCGCCCUAUCGACGAAGACCACAGCGAGAGGGACAUAAAAUCGGGAAACACAGGUGAUAGAAAAAAGCACCGUCCAUGGAAGGAAAGGUUAAACACGAGGAAGGAGAAUGUACAUGGUUCGCAUCGGGAUGAUGAGCAGGGAAGUCUUUCGAGGGGGCACAGCGAUGCGCACAAAAGGAGGCAAAAUGGCCAUCCCCGCAGAGGUGGUUCGGGGAGAAGAAGUGCAGAGCCAAUUAGGGGUGAAAAUGGCGCAUCAGCCAAAGAAUUUACCAACGAAGCUGCUAAUGGAGCCACCAGGGAAAAUGCCAAUCAAACCGCCAACCACGCAGCUGCGGAAACCCUCCGAGGGAAGGAACGGCGAAGCCGCGGGCCAAGCGAGGGGCAAGACAGCUCCACGUGCGCCGACCUCGAUGAAGAAACCAAGUUCAUGGAGAACUGGGAGGAGACGCAGAAAAGGCUCUACGAUCCAACCAUAGGGUUAAGGAGGCACUACACAAAUGAAUUGCUCUCAUGUGGAGAAAAAAACAACAUACGUGUAUUGGAGAAGUGGUCAUCUAUGAUUAACAGAGACAUCAACUGGUUCAUGAAGACACACAAAACGACCUUCCUAAGGAGAGUCAAAAGAGGAAUCCCACAAAAAUAUAGGUGGAAAGUCUGGUUCCAAAUAACGAAUAGUAAAAUUCUGAUGAAUAAAUUUCAAAAAAAAUAUUAUUUUCUAUCAAAAAAAAAGUCAAAUUAUACCAAUUUGAUAAUGAUAGAUAUAUCGAGGACCUUCCCUGAGUUGUUAAUAUUUGACAAAUACGCUCAGGAGCAGCUUUUUCGCAUUUUAAAUGCAUAUUCAAAUUUCGAGCCCUCGGUAGGGUACUGCCAAGGGAUGAAUUUUCUCGUGGGACUGCUACUCAUAGUCAGCAAUUUUAACGAAAUGGAGACCUUCUGCGUUCUAGUUGGUCUCAUGAAUAAUUACCAUCUGAAGGAAUUUUAUAAAGAAAAAUUCCCUCUACUUAAUAGAUAUAUAUAUCUCUUUGAGAAAAUAUUACAAUGUGAAGUGCCAGACUUGGUUGACCAUUUUAAUCAGGAGGAAGUCUUCCCUCCUGUGUACCUCCACCAAUGGCUACUAACCCUAUUCAUUGCUAGUCUCCCCAUCAAAAGUGUUAUAGUCAUAUGGGAUUACCUCUUCAGUACGAGCAUAAAAACCAUCCUCAUCAUUUCCGUUGCUUUGUUGAAAAUUUUAAAAAGCUACUUAAUGAAACAUAAGUUUGAGAAAAUUUUGAAAUUAUUAAAAUCGUUAAAGUACAAUGAGAGUAACGAUGAUAUUCUCAUCGCAAAGCUGCUGAUUAAAAAAUCAGAAUCUGUGAAUUUAAGUCCUGAACUUAGUUUCCUCUUCGACAACAUUGAGAGGGAGGACAUUCCCUUUGAUGGGAACUUCAAAUUUUUCAUUGGAGAUAUCAAUAAUUGUCAUUUUACCCACGUGGAGGAGCAGCCGGCCACCACUGGUACAGGAGUGACUGAUGGGAUAAACAGGGACCAAAGGGGGACCCCCAAUUGGGACCAGUCUUGUCCAGCCAGCCCCACUCCAGGGAACUUCACCCCAGGGAGCUUUCCCCCCGUAAGCUUCCCCACAGGCAGUUUCAUCCCAGGCAGUUUUAGCCCCUCCAAUUUUGCCGCCCUUGACGGAGUUCCCCUCCUGAACUUCUUCUCCAACCGAGUGCUCAAAAGAGACACCAAAGCGGAAUGCCAAGAGGAGAGGAAAUCGCCACAAGGAAAAGCGGCUAGGGAGCAGAGUUACACACCCCGGAGGUCGCCAAAACCGCAUCGAACGGAAAAAGAAGACGAAGAAGACACCAGGGAGCUCACCCCGCCAACCAACUGCGUCCGGAGAGGUCCAAGAGGAGAAUCAAAGGAAAAUAGACCUGGUCAAUAUGAUGAGGAUCUCCAAGAUGGGGAUGAAAAGGCGAAGAACGUACGAGAGAGCAAUAACAUGAACACGUUUUACUACAAAAUUUUAAGCAGCAAUGAAAAUAAUUUAAAAAAUAAAAAAAAAAAUGCAACCGUGACUAGCCAAAAUAGCAGCAACGAAACGGGAAAUGGCAUUUUAAGCAAUUCGAUCAAUCAGACCCAUCGGACGAACCACCAUGUGAAGUCGUCAAGUGUCCCCAGGUCACUCCCCAUAGGAGGAAGCAAAUCGAAAAGCAUAAACAUGAACAGCAGCAGUGGGGCGUACUACGCCGCAGGGAGGGGAAAACAACCACUCCCCAGUACCGAUAAGAAGGGCUCAAAGGGGAAAAAGGUGAAUCUCCAAAAGGGGAUGAUGCCGACUGCGAUUGAUUCAUGCCAAAGCAGUUACGAAGAGGAGAGGCGUACGUCACUGAAUUCGGAUCGUAGCGAAGGGGCAAGAGGGGAGAACGAUCAUAAGUCACCCCGUUCUGCGCGGAACGGAAACAAAACGCAUGAGAGAAGCAACUCUCGCCAUGCAGGUAGUAACAAUCCUGGCCAAGGAUCCACCUUAAAAUGUGCGCGCAGAGGGAAGGACGUCAGCAAAGACAGUGCGAGGACUAGCGCAGGCGACUAUGAAAUGUACGACAGUUACGUAAGCGAAGAAGAUUUGUCUAGCUUCAACAUAGCGGCACAGCAGAUUGGUAGAAGUAGGAAGAAAGGUCACCAUAACCGUGGCAGGAGGGAGAAACGCAGUGAUGGCCAGCGUGGCCAUACAGAGAAGCAGCACUUCGAUGAAGAGGACCAGGAAGCAGACCAACACGUCUUGUGCAAAAGUGACUCCUUCGUCGAAUUCAACCGAAGGAAGAAAUGCCAUCCAGGCGGGAAGAAGCAGGAACACGGAGAAAAAUACGAUUUACUUCAAGGAAAUUGCGUAACGUCUUGUAAUGGAAAGGAAGAGAAUGGAAAGAGGAACAACUCUCGUGGCACCUCCCUGGGGGAGAAUCUACAAACAAAACUUUUUAGACUUAGUAAAGAAAGGAAAAGUCUCACAAGCAGCUUAAAAAGGCACGCAUAUUACUAUAACUCAAAUGAUGCUAGCAAUGAGUGCUCCUACCCCUAUAGGGAGAACUCUGCCCCGAGGGAUGAAGGCUACUGGCUAAGGGAUGAUGACAACGCAGUAGAAAGUAUCAUCACAGGAAAGGUGAAACAAUUUGAAAAAAAAAUGAAUGAGGAGGAGGAACAAGAAAUUAGCAAUGCGAAGGAGCUGCGCAGGACCAAAGCAGGAGAAACAGCUGAAAAUGAAAAUCAUGAUGACGAAAUUGAAGAUGAGGACGAUGAUGAGCAGGAGGAAGAAGAAGAAAGCAUUUUCAGCAUCAGCCAAUAUAUUAACCCGGACGAUAGCGAAAAGAAACAAAACAAUGACGAAAAAAAUAAUGGACUAGGAAUCUUUAAUUUAAUACAUUCCUACGCCAAGGACAGUAGCUGGUUUGACGUUUCUUCAAUAAAUAAAUAUUACCAGUUUGGCAAAGCCAGUGGGGACAUGGAGAUGGAUGACAUAAAUGCGGAUAACGAACAGGAGAACAAGGGGCGGUCUACACAGGGUGAGAAGAGGGACGAUGGCAACUAG